AUGGCAGGAUCCCCAGACUUGGCUGGGGACACGGGGACAGCGGGCUCAGGUAGGGCUGUCCUCACAGGGCAGGUGACAGCUGCCAACAUCGGCUACCGCGAUGGCCACCAGUACGCGGCUGAGUCGGAGCGGCUCAGGAAGGCCAGGCUGCGUGUGGAGAAGGCCAUUAAGGAGAAGAAGAUCUUCACAGUGCACGGCCCCUACCCCGUCAUCCGCCGGCUGCUGCGCGCCCGGGGCUGGGUGGAGAGGAAGCUGCCCCUCAAUGGCAGGCAGCUGAAGCACGGUGGAGGUGAUGAGCAGGGGGAGGCAGUGCUGAACCCGCCUGGUGGGGCACAGCCUUCCUUGGGCACCGCAGAGCCCCUGCAACACCCAUGUGGCACAGCACACGGUAAGGAGAACAAGGAGGAAAAGGAGGAUGAAGACAAGGAAGACAAGGAGCAGUGCAGCGAGGACUCGGAAGACAUCCAUGACCUCAUGUCCUUCCUAGUGCAGGACCAGGUGCCAAACUUCCUCUGGACCAUUCGCCUGAGCAGCGUUGACCAGGAGCUGCUGCCGAGGAUUGAGGUGGUGAACCGCUAUCCCCGGCUGGCCGCGCUUUGCACCAAGGAGGGACUGUGCCAAAGCCUGCAAAACUUGUCCUGGUUUGAGCAAGUCGACUUCAACACCUUUUUCCCCCGGUGCUACCGGCUGGGGUUCAAGGACGAGAAGGAAGCCUUCAUUGACGAUUUCUGCCUGACCGCAGCUCGCAGCCUACUCAAACUGGCCCUGCAGAAGGGCGGGGACAGGCCGGUGGGGACAGAGCAGCCCUCAAAACCCGACGAGGUGCCACGUCUGUGCUCCCCCCUGUAUUCCCUGCUGGUGGAGGAGGCCCUGGAGGUCUGUGAGCAGCACCUGGGAGUUCUAGGGCACCAGGACAUCGAUAGAAAGACCCCGUCGCCCUGCCGGACAUGCAUCAACUGGGACCGCUUCCUGCUGGAAUACUACCGUGUGGCACAUGAGGGGGCCGGGCUGGAGCUGGGCAGGGAGCAGCGGGAGCGGUGCCAGCACCUGCUGCAGCGCCUGGAGGAGAAGCUGCCGCAGCUCGGCAUAGAGGGCAACCUCAACAUCUGGAUCAUCAAGCCCAGUGCCAAAUCCCGCGGCAGGGGCAUCGUGUGCACGACGCGGCUGGAGGAGGUGCUGGAGCUGGUGCAGAGCUGUGCGAGCCCCCCGGAGGGAGUGUGCGAGUGGGUGGUACAGAAGUACGUGGAGCGGCCGCUGACCAUCUUCAACACCAAAUUCGACAUCCGGCAGUGGUUCGUGGUGACCGACUGGAAGCCACUGACUGCCUGGUUCUACCAAGACUGCUACCUGCGCUUCUGCUCCCGACCCUUCUCCCUGUGCCACCUGGAGCCUGCCAGGCACCUCUGCAACGUCUCCAUCCAGAAGCAGUACAAAACAUUGCAGCCGGACCCCCGUGUGCCCCCCGACAAGAUCUGGUCCAACAAGCAGUUCCAGGCCCACCUGGCAUGGCUGGGGCAGGCGAAUGCUUGGCAGCGAGUGAUGGUGCCCGGCAUGAAGGCGGCAAUCCUGAACGCCCUGCGCUGCGCCCGGGACCAAGUGGGCUCUCGCAAGGGCAGCUUUGAGCUCUUUGGGGCCGACUUUCUCAUCGGGGAGGACCUCCAGCCCUGGCUGCUGGAGAUCAACUCCUGCCCCACCAUGAGCCCCUCCUCGGUGGUGACGCGCCAGCUGUGCGCCAACGUCCAGCGGGACACGCUGCGCCUCGUGCUCGACCGCAAGGACAACCCCACCUGCUCCAUUGGUGCCUUUGAGCUCCUCUACAGGGAGGCAGCCGUGUCCUCAUGUCUGACUGUGGGGCUGAGGCUGAUGGUCACAGGCUGUUCCCUGAAGAAGGCCCAGCCAGCAAAGCAUCGAUCCCAGGACAAGUCCCCCACCACCAAGGUCCCCUGGUCCAGGGCAGCACAGGAAAAGCUGCCUCCUCCUCAGGGGCUGCGGGGCAGGAAGCUCAGUCCCCGAUCAAUAGCCGUCUCCCGGAUAGGUUGCCACCGCGCCAGGAAGCGCCCAGGAGGCCCAGGCGACCCCCAGGGCGCCAGGGAUUGCCACGGCUCAGUCAGCCGGGUGGGCAGCCCCAGGCUGCUCGGCCCCACAGAGUUCUGCCCCCGAUCAGCGCCCGUCCCCCGGUGCGGGGGCCUGUGCCACAGCCCCGGAGAGCGCCCAGCAGACCCUGGCGACCCCCGGGCUGUGCACCGGCCCCUGCAGGGUUUCCUGCCCGGCCAGCACGCCUGCCAGCACUGUAAGAGCACCGGGACCCCCAGCCCCCGCCGGGAACAGGAGAACACACCAGCUCCCCAGGGGAUGCAGAAGACCUGGGACAGAGACACCGCCACGAGGUGA